UUGGCAUAUACAGAUGGAAAAUCAAGCACAAACUGGCAUACAUAUACAAAUACGACAAAACACAGGGACCUCAAAGCAAACCCCGAAAAAUUUUCACAAAACCCUUUGGUUUUAGGGUUUAUUCAAUAACCAUUUGAAUUGAAUUGAAUUGAAUGCACCACACAGUUUUCCCCUCCAUGAAGAUGUCUGAAACAGGAGAGUCCAAUCCAAUGGCUUCUUACGUUGCUUCACUGUCCAACAGUUUCCGGCUAGUCCCUCCGGCGGCUGUUCCGGCCAUGCUAGAUUGUGUUUUAGCUUCAACCGGAUUGUCUCCUUCAUUGCUUUGCUCUUCUCUUCUGGAUGCUUCCCCUAAUCUCAUCAAGGACGUUAUCCUGGGAAAUGGAAAAUUUGAUUCUGAGCAGCGCAAUUAUGUCAGGUCAUAUGCAAGUGCGCUCUGUCAUCUUUUGAAGAAAUUAGGUGCUAGCCUUGGUGCUUUGCAAUCAUUUAUUUGGAAGAUUUUAGUCCCAUUGAUGAAGUUGGUACAUGCGCAUGAUUGUGAUAUACUUAACGAGACUGCAGAUUCUUUCUUUGAUGUUGUGAUUGAAACAAACUCUUGGGGGAUUGUAGAAGCAACCAUGGUGCCAUUUUUUCUAAGAUUGGUUGGUCUAUCUAUGGGAAUGCUUCAAAGUGAAGAAUUGGCGAUUUAUGGAUGGAGCAGAAGCUCAGUCUUUCUUGGAAUUGAAGAGCAGCUAGCUAAUUCAGACAUUAAAGACUCCAUGAUUUCAGACUCUGUGUCUUUCUCUUUUCCAUUGGAUGUUUCAUGCUAUAGUUUAAUCUCAAUAUUGGAUUCUGCUGUACGAAAUCAUUUAGCUGCUGGAAACACAUCAGAAUCAAGUUGGGCUAGUGGGCGCUAUGCAGAAAAGUUUGCAAAAAAUUUUCUAUGGGAUCUUUGUAACAUGACUGUUCGAAUGCUUUUACAAAGUAUAGAACAUCGGUAUUGUGCAAUUAAAUUUCUCCUACCUAGCAUAUUUAAAGCAUUUGCUUCUCACCCUGCUUUUGAAAUCGCAGUUCGUGGGCAGACAUAUAUACUUUCCAGGAAACAUUUCUUUGAAAAAAUAUGGCCAUGCUGCAGAACACUGUUUUCUAUGGGACCUUUGGAGAGAAGAGAUUCAUACAAUGUGCUCUCUUUGUAUUUUUCUUUUUUCUCUUGUACUGAUGGGUGUGACAAUGAUGAUGCUAGUGACAGAGAAGAUGGGUUUGAUAUAAGAGCGGAGAAAGAGUUCUGGGAUGAGAUAAAAAAGGGCUUGGUUGAUAUGGAAGGCUUAGCGAGGAAACAGUCAUUACAUAUAUUGAAGAUGAUGCUACAGAUAAAUGAGGGGAGCCAAUGCUACUCCGGUGUUUUUGAGAUGAUAUCAAGUAGUAAAACUUCAAUGCCUAAUGGUUUGACAAAAAAGGGGCAGUGGGCUGACAUGGAAGCCAAAUCAUUGGGUGUAGGAAAGAUAUGCAAUUCACUUGAUCCCUCUUUAAACAGUCUUCAGAAAUGGGAGGCGUUCUUUCUUUUGUACGAAAUGCUUGAAGAGUAUGGUACUCACUUGGUUGAAGCAGCAUGGAAUCACCAGAUAACCUUGUUGCUGCAGUCUUCUGUUCCACAUGAUGAUUCCAUGAAAUCUUUUAGUGGAGGACUUAAUCAAAAUCAGAUGGAGGGAUCAGUGGAUAUAUUUAGUUGGUUGGCUGUUUUGUGGCAAAGGGGUUUCUUGCAUGACAAUCCUCAAGUAAGGUGCUUGAUCAUGGAGUCAUUUUUGGGCAUCGAGUGGAAGAACUAUAGGCACUGUGCCGAAUUAGUGCCUGAAGAUUUUGUGCUCGGUCCAUUUAUUCAAGGAUUGAAUGAUCCUGUGCACCAUAAAGAUUUUGGAAUAAAAGGAAUCUACUCUUCAAGGACAAUUGAAGGUGCAACCAAAUUUAUGUGCCAAUACGGCAGUUGCCUGAAUUUUAGGAAGUGUAUUGCAUUUUUGAUCAAUUUGGCAUCUACCACUAAAAAGCAGUCUUUUGGGCGAGCUGGAUUGAUGGGACUGGUAGAAUGCAUUGCUUCAGCUGCUUGUGGAGUGCAAAUACAUAGAAAGCAUGAAGUUGAAUGGUGCAAAGACGGUUCCUUUGACAUGGUUCAGGACCUCCAGGUGCAUUCUGUUACAGCAAGUUCUUUUCAUAAUGAUAAAGAAGACUUACUGGAUGUUUUGAGAUAUAUCAUAGAGAGCAGCAAGCAACAUUUUAAUCCUAACUAUCGUCUUCGAGUCUGUGACAAAGUUGUGGACACUGCUGCUUCAGUAAUGCGUGCAUUUGAUGUGUCUCUUGAGAUCCUUCUGCAUUUCAUUUCAGCAGUGCCACAAGAAUUUACUGAUUGUGGUGGUUCUUUAAGAGUAAAAGUUCAAGAAUGGCUUUCUGCUUGUGAUGAUAAACAUUGUACUUCCACUUGCUGCAGUGCUGUGGUGCAGCUUUGGAAGAGUCUGUGCAAUUUCCCUAGAAGUUUUAUAGGUCUUCGUCAUUCAGUGAGUGCCUUUGUUAAUUAUGAUGAUGAAGACUUGGAUACAUGGGGAUUUGAAGCAAAAAGAUGGGCAAGAGUUGUAUUCCUUGUAAUUAAGGAGGAUCAUCACGUGGAUCCUAUAUUAACGUUUAUUCAAACUCAUGGCAUUGAUAUCUGCAAACAAAACAAUCAUCUUGAGUGCAUACCAGUAAAAUUUCUCAUCCUUGCCUUGAGCUUAAUUCGAGAGCUUCAAAUAAUGCAAGAGAGAGUGGCUGACACUGGUAAGAGAGGUAGAAUGAAAACGGAAGUUGCAUUGCUUGAGAUAGUGGACCAUUUGAGUUCCACAGAAAUUUCUAUCAUCAUUGAGAAAUUUUCCAAAUUAUUUCUUUCUAUAUUGGAGGGAUUGGUUGCAUUUGCCACGUCAUCUUGUUCCAUAUUUUUGUCUGGUAUGCUGGAGGACACUGAUCUGCCUUGUUCUUUAAGAGGAAAGCUUGGAGGACCAAGUCAACGUCGAUUGUCGCCCUCUGCCACCACUGCUGUGCUGCAAGCUAUAAUGUCGAUGAAGGCAGUUGCAUCUAUCUCAUUGUGGUGUGUACAAUUUGAAAGUGAUGGUAUACUCAAUUUUGCAUUCAUCUUCUUGUGGAAAUUCUUCUGGAAUAUUGUUUCAUCACCAACGUGUGAUUCAGAGACUGCAGCAGAAAUUUGGCUGGCAGCGUAUGAAGCAUUGGCUCAUGUUCUGAAAGCCAUAGUCUCUGCAUUCUCUUCUUUUGCUUUGGAUCUCAUUAUGGAAAAUCAAGAACCCUCAUCACCGAACGCAGAAGGCAAACCCCUAUUCGAUUCCUUGGUUCUUUCUUUUCUUCAGAACAUCAAUAAUCUCAUUGCAGUUGAAUUGAUGGUGCAAUCUCGACGGGCAAUUUUGAUGAAUUGGAAGUGGAUCUGCCUAGAAUAUCUGUUGUCAAUCCCUAGCCAUGCUUUUGAGAAUGGAGUUCAAAUAGAAAUUGGUCAUUGUUUCUUCUCAGAUGCCACACUCUGUUCAGUAUUUGGUGAUCUUGUUGAUAGCCUUGAGAAUGCUGGGGAAGGUUCUGUUUUGCCCAUGUUGAGGUCUAUCAGAUUGGUAUUGGAGCUGUUUAAUUCAGAAUCGAUGCGUUCAGAUGUUUCCUCACGUGAUGGCAUGGAUACUCAGAUGAUGUGGCAUUUGGUACGUUCUUCUUGGAUAUUGCAUGUCAGCUGCAAUAAGAGGAGGGUUGCCCCUAUUGCUGCACUUUUAUCUUCUGUAUUGCAUUAUUCUGUGUUUAGCAACGAGUGCAUGCAUCAAAGUGACAAUGGACCUGGACCUCUGAAGUGGUUUGUUGGAAAAAUUCUUGAGGAAGGCACCAAAAGUCCACGCACUAUCCGUCUUGCAGCAUUGCAUCUAACAGGGUUAUGGCUCUUAAAUCCCAAAACUAUUAAGUACUAUAUGCAGGAGCUGAAGCUGUUAACUCUCUAUGGUUCAGUUGCAUUUGAUGAGGAUUUUGAAGCCGAACUGGCUGAGAAUUAUGAUGCAAGGAAAGAAGUAUCAUUAUUGUCCAAAAGCCCAGACCUUGAACUGACUGAAGCAUUCAUCAACACAGAGUUGUAUGCACGUGUAUCUGUUGCUGUUCUGUUUUACAAGCUUGCAGAUUUUGCCGCUAUGGUUGGAUUGAUAAAUGCAAACAAAAACUGCCACGCUGCUUUUGAAUCCGGCAAAAUGUUUUUGCUAGAGCUUCUUGAUUUUGUGGUAAAUGACAAGGAUCAAGCAAAGGAGCUGUACAAAAAGUACAGUGGGGUUCAUAGGCGCAAAAUUCGUGCAUGGCAAAUGAUAUGCAUUUUGUCACAAUUUGUUCAUCAAGAUAUAUUACAGGAAGUUACAUGUAGCUUGCACAUCGCCCUCUAUAGGAACAACUUGCCUGCUGUUCGCCAAUACUUAGAAACAUUCGCAAUCAACAUAUACUUGAAAUUUCCAUCACUGGUCAGGGAGCAGUUAGUUCCUAUAUUCCGAGAUUAUGAUAUGAGGCCUCAGGCACUCUCGUCGUAUGUAUUUAUAGCGGCUAAUGUCAUCCUCCAUGCAUCAGCAACAGUUCAAUCUUGUUAUUUAGUGGAAUUAAUUCCUCCUAUAAUUCCGUUAUUAACCUCACAUCACCACAGUCUACGGGGUUUUACCCAGUUGUUAGUUUACCAAGUUCUUUUCAAAUUGUUGCCUCCAUUGAGUUCUGGUGCUUAUGAAAUCAUGCCUUUGGAGAAAAGGUCCUUCGAGGAUUUGAAAUCAUACUUGGCGAAUAAUUCUGAUUGUUCACGCUUACGAGCAUCAAUGGAAGGUUUUCUUGAUGCUUUUAUGGAGCAAGUAACCGCCUUUCCGAAUGAUGUUAGAGAAGACCUUAGAUGUUCUAUGGCUUAGGAUGCAGAGACUAUCAAGAACGAGAGCUGAAGCAUCAAUAAAGAUCCAAAAUGUGUGGAACUAUCAAUAAAUGCAGACAAAGACAAAUUGCAAGCACAGCUACCUAAGGAUAUACCAUUGGAUUUUCAGAAAAAGGUUAUUAUAGCCAAACAUGAGAAGCAAGAAGCCAACUCUGAUAUUUUGUUGGGAAAAAAUGAAACUUACAAGCGUCUUAUGG